ACGUGACCGCAGGUGGCGGUAAUGGGACCUUUUCGUUGUCAGCCAACCACUAGAAAACAGAAGAAGGAGGCGUCAGGUUGCGUCAGGUGCGCCACAGCACUACCUUCAUACCCGGAAGGUUCAGUGAGCGAGAAGCGACUCCGUUCACAGAGGACGCCAUGGCAUCUGUGCAGCAGCAGUUGCAGGAUCAGUUUAAUGAUGUGGUCUCCAGACUGGAGUCCAAGCAGUUCUUCCAGUCUGACUGGGACAUCGCUUCGUUUGCCGUCUUCUUCAUCUUCAUCGGUAUGGUUGUGCUGCUAAUCAUCCUGGUCCUGAUCAAGUGCUGCUGCUGUUGCUGCUGUGAUGAACCCAAGCCCCGAAGACACAAAGUUGGCAUAGAGAACAUGGCCCUGGAGCCCUGACUGCUGACCUGCCAGGAUGAAGUACAUUCGGUUAAAGUUACUAGUAGAAAUAUGUAUUUUACAACUCAUUUUCUAUCCAGUUAUUGAAGUCUAAUCCACAUAAUCAUACUUUACAUGUCACUCCAAUAAGAACUAGUCUGACACAGACAGGGUGUUUGUUUGUUUGUUUGUUUUUUUAAACUUGCCUUCCUCCUUAUGUUUACUAGGAGAACUUUAAUGGUUUGGCUGGUUUUAGUCUGUAAUUAAAACAUACAGUAAGCUAUUAAAAACUAUUUCUUAUUCUUGUUUUUACAGUAUGCCAUGUUUCUUAAAAUAAUACUAAUAAACAGGAGGGACAGAGUGUUGUAGACACUGUUGCAUCAA